UCGACCCUGACGGCUCUCCUUCGCCAGCUGCUAACCUACGGAUUCGUACUUCUUCGUUACGAUUAGAAUUUGCCAAAAUACCCCUUCCAUAAUCAUGGACACACUUAUUUGUGGUGCUGCCUUUGGCUCAGCUUUGACGGCGGCUGGAGUUCACCAGCCUUAUGUGAUUAUUUCGCAGCUUACUCUGGAUAACUUCCAUAUGGUGGAAUCUUUCCUGGCAGCAGGUGCUACCAGUCUAAUCGCCGUCACGGCUCUACAGCGCCUAGGCUACGUCAAACUCAAGCCAAGAUGUUACUCGACCAUAGGACUAUUCGGCAGCAUGGACGGGAACGUCAUAGGCGGCCUGACCCUCGGCGCGGGAAUGGCCCUGUCGGCAUCUUGCCCCGGUUCCGUCUUCGCCCAAGUAGGAGCUGGCGUCCGUUCCGGUGUCUUCACCCUCACCGGUGCUUUGAUAGGAGGUAUAUUCUGGACAGGCAUCCUGCGACCGAUAUGCCAACGUGGAAGGCCGCCUGUCACGAACAAGGUAAACGUCAAGGAUUUGACUAUUCACAAACAACUCCAAUGGUCCGAAAACGGCACGAUACUAGCGCUCGAGGCUAUGUUCGCUGCUAUUAUCGGCGUCGCGGUCCUUGCUUCGUCGCCCAAGUCCCAUGGCUUGGUUCAUCCCGUCAUUGGCGGUUUGUUGAUUGGAGGGGCGCAGUUGCUUUCUGCGGUUACUAGGAAGACGCUUCUGGGCACGUCGACGGCUUUUGAGGAAGUUGGGGAACACUUUUGGUGGUUGACGAGAGGUGGAAAUCUUGCCCAAAGGCCGCAGACGACGAAUAUGGUGUUUACCUCCGGCAUGGUACUCGGCGCUCUGGCACUCACUUUGACAGUACCGUCUGCAAAGGGCAUUUCUGACCUGCCGGUGAAUCCGUUGAGGGCGACUUUAGGGGGGUUCUUGCUGGCGUUGGGGAGUAGGAUGGCUGGGGGGUGUACAUCGGGGCACGGGAUUAGUGGACUGUCGCUUCUCUCCCUUUCUAGCUUUGUGUCGGUUGGGGCUAUGUUUACGGGGGCUAUAGGGGUUGCUAUGGUGCUGGCAUGAUUGAGAUUGGUCACGCCUUCGCAUUUACAGGGGUUACAUACUACGAUAGGCGUAAUGAGAUGUGGUGUUUGCGAUAUGGCUUGCCUCUCAAGGAUGGAGAGAAUG